AUUCCCCGAGGAGCCUCCCGAGCCCCAGCCCGUUGUUCCCGCUCCACCGGCGCGGUCCCGGCCGCCCGCGCCCCUCGCUCUCUUCCCGCCGAGGCAGACGCUUCCCCUGCCCCCGCGGCGCUCCCGCGGGGUGCGGCGGCUGCGGGCGGAGCGGCGCGGACCGGUUGGGGCCGGUUCCCCGCGCAGGCGCAGCGCCCCGUAAACAGGAAGCGGCGGCGGCGGCCCCGGAGCGGCGGAGACAAAGGGGCUGCGGAGCGGGGACGGCAGGGACCCGGCUCGCCUCGGCCCGGCCCGGCGAGCGGCGGCGCUGGCGGCGGGCGCAAGGAUGGUGCAGAAGGAGGGGCAGGCGGCGCUGGAGGAGCCCCAGGGCAGUCCCAACCCGGCCGGGGUGCCCGGCGCCCCCUUAGAGCCGCCGGGCGCUGCGGCAGGGCCGGUCCCGGGGGGCGAGGAGACCGACACCGAGACGGAGACUGCGCUGGGCUCCCGCCGCUUCCUCUGCGGAGUCGUCGAAGGAUUUUAUGGAAGACCUUGGGUGAUGGAGCAGAGGAAAGAACUUUUUAGAAGGCUUCAGAAGUGGGGACUGAAUACAUACCUGUAUGCUCCAAAGGAUGACUACAAGCACAGGAUGUUUUGGCGAGAAAUGUACUCUGUGGAGGAAGCAGAGCAGCUAAUGACUCUAAUAUCAGCUGCACGAGAACAUGAAAUAGAAUUCAUCUAUGCAAUCUCACCUGGACUUGACAUCACUUUCUCCAAUCCUAAAGAGGUAUCCACAUUGAAACGUAAGCUGGACCAGGUUUCUCAGUUUGGCUGCAGAUCUUUUGCACUGCUGUUUGAUGAUAUUGAUCACAACAUGUGUGCAGCAGAUAAAGAAGUUUUCAGUUCUUUUGCUCAUGCUCAAGUCUCAAUCACAAAUGAAAUUUAUCAAUAUCUAGGAGAACCAGACACAUUCCUUUUCUGUCCUACAGAGUACUGUGGAACUUUCUGUUACCCAAACGUUGCCCAGUCACCGUAUUUACGGACUGUAGGAGAAAAACUGCUCCCUGGAAUUGAAGUGUUAUGGACAGGUCCGAAAGUUGUAUCCAAAGACAUUCCGGUAGAAUCCAUUGAAGAAGUUUCUAAGAUCAUCAGGAGAGCCCCAGUUAUCUGGGAUAACAUUCAUGCUAAUGACUAUGAUCAAAAGAGGCUUUUUCUUGGGCCUUACAAGGGUCGGUCAACUGAACUUAUCCCUCGACUAAAGGGUGUUCUGACCAAUCCAAACUGUGAAUUUGAAGCCAAUUAUGUUGCCAUUCACACGCUUGCGACCUGGUACAAGUCUAACAUGAAUGGAGUGAGAAAAGAUGUGGUGAUGACUGAUACUGAAGACAGCACAGUUUCGAUCCAAAUCAAAUUGGAAAAUGAGGGGAGUGAUGAAGAUAUUGAAACAGAUGUUCUCUACAGCCCACAAAUGGCCCUGAAGUUGGCCUUAACAGAAUGGUUGCAGGAAUUUGGAGUACCUCAGCAAUACAGCAGUAGGCAAGUGGCCCACAGUGGUGCUAAAACCUCUGUAGGGGAUGUAGGGCCACUGGUGGCACCAUCCUCUUUAAAUGCAGCAACAGUGGUUACCACGGUGUACCAGGAGCCCAUCAUGAGCCAGGCUGCGGCGCUCAGCAGCGACUCACCGGCCUUAGCCAAGGAGGAGGAGAAGAAGCAAUCUGAUGAGGAACCAAUGGACAUGGUGGUGGAAAAACAAGAUGAUGCAGACAAGAAUGCAAAUCAGAUACUGACAGAUAUUGCUGAAGCCAAGAUGGCAGAGGAGCUGAAGCCAAUGGAUACAGAUAAGGAGAGUAUAGUUGAGUCAAAGUCUCCAGAGAUGUCUAUGCAGGAAGACUCCGGUAGUGACAUUGCACCUAUGCAGACUGAUGAGCAAAUUAACAAAGAACAUUUUGUGCCUGGGCCGAAUGAAAAGCCUCUUUACACAGUAGAACCAGUGACUUUAGAGGACUUACAGCUUCUUGCUGACUUGUUUUACCUUCCUUAUGAACAUGGACCCAAAGGUGCACAGAUGCUGAGGGAAUUCCAGUGGCUUAGAGCAAAUAGUAGUGUUGUCAGCGUAAAUUGCAAAGGAAAGGAUGCUGAAAAAAUAGAAGAAUGGCGUAGCCGAGCAGCCAAGUUUGAAGAGAUGUGCAGCUUGGUGAUGGGCAUGUUCACUCGCCUCUCCAAUUGUGCCAACAGGACAAUCCUUUAUGACAUGUACUCCUACGUCUGGGAUAUCAAGAGUAUUAUGUCAAUGGUGAAAUCUUUUGUGCAGUGGUUAGGGUGUCGUAGUCAAUCUUCAGCACAGUUCUUAAGUGGAGACCAAGAACCCUGGGCCUUUAGAGGUGGUCUAGCAGGAGAGUUCCAGCGUUUGCUGCCUAUUGAUGGGGCAAAUGACCUCUUUUUUCAACCACCUCCAUUAACACCUACUUCCAAAGUGUACACCAUACGACCCUACUUCCCUAAAGAUGAGGCAUCUGUAUAUAAGAUCUGCAGAGAAAUGUAUGCUGAUGGAGCUGAUCAACCCUUCCAUAGUUUACCAGAUUUAAUUGGAGACAAGUUAGUUGGAGGUCUGCUCACCCUCAGCUUGGAUUACUGCUUCGUCUUAGAAGAUGAGGAUGGCAUAUGUGGCUAUGCUUUGGGAACAGUUGAUGUAACUCCCUUCAUAAAGAAAUGCAAAAUGUCUUGGAUCCCUUUCAUGCAAGAAAAAUAUACUAAACCAAAUAGUGACAAGGAGCUGUCUGAGGCAGAGAAAAUAAUGCUAAGCUUCCAUGAAGAACAAGAAGUAUUGCCAGAAUCAUUCCUUGCUAACUUCCCAUCUUUGAUAAAGAUUGAUAUCCACAAAAAAGUGACAGAUCCAAGUGUGGCCAAAAGUAUGAUGGCCUGCCUGCUCUCUUCUCUAAAGGCUAAUGGCUCCCGUGGGGCUUUUUGUGAAGUGAGACCAGAUGAUAAAAGAAUCUUGGAAUUUUACAGCAAGCUGGGUUGUUUUGAAAUUGCUAAAAUGGAAGGAUUUCCAAAGGAUGUUGUUAUCCUUGGAAGAAGCCUUUGAAGUGCUUGACAGUGAACUGUUCCAGUACUGUAGACCCUUAACAGCUGGGCGGGUAGUGGUGGGGAUCUUCAUAUGGUCUAACUGCACAAAGCCAGCAAUAAGCCAGCUUGGUAAAAGGGGCUAUGCGAAAAUCACCCAUCACACAUUCAGACUGUAAUUUGUUGGAAGGGGAUAAAGCUGCUGAAAACAUUGUUAAACAAAGAGAAACCCUGUCCUCUCCUAGUCCUGUGUGAAGUGCCAAGGAAUCUUGCAUGGGCUAUAGCUUCUCAGAGGAAUCCCUCUCAGUUGGUGCUGUGGUUGAUGACAGUUCUCUGCGUUCAAGUGUCAAGAGAAGAUUAGUCUCUGGCAGAAUGCCUAUAAAGAUGCAGGUUUUUUUUCUCUGUCAUAGAGCAGGAUGUGCAAUUAGAAGUUGCAGAAAUUGGAGGGGUUGCUUGCAUCAAUCAGCAUUUUUAAAGAUAAGUAGUUACAGUUCUAUUUUUUACUACUUUUAUGCUUGUUGAUAAAGCAAUGACCCAUUGUCACUUCUAAUGACCAUUGGUUCAAACUUUGUGUUUUGUUAGGGACAAAUGUGCAGUGGUCUGUGGCAGAAGUCACUCAAUGACAAACUUGUAAAUCUCACUGUAUAUAAACUUAGCUGUAUGCUGGCUAACUUUUUGUUUACUGGUUUUUGUAACUUUUUCUUUUGAAAAGUGAAAUGGUAUAGGUCCAAGAUGGCACUUUGAAAACACUGAAACCGCAAUCGAGAACAAGUCUGUCCUCAGCACUGACCUUUCUUACUGUGCCUCAUAUCCAGGGCUAGGUACUGACCAUCUUGGGAAAGGGGAGCAGAUCCCAACUGACCCUUCCUUCAGAUAGCAGUUUGUCACUGCUUGAAGGUAUCAUUCUCCUGAGACUGAAACAGCAAUUCACAGGAUGCUUUGCUGAACCCGUUAAUUUUGGUAAUGUUCACAUUGGAUUAUGGAUGAAAAAUGGUGAGAGGGAGAGAGAGCUGGCCCACAACUGGGAUUUGUCCUUGGAAGAGUCACCAUGUUUCAAAGCCUGUUCGUACUAGUUUGAUUAAAUCAGGGUCUUCAAGUCCUGCGCAUUUGUAUCAAAUAACUUUUCUAUAAGAAAUGCCACAAUAAGCACAUUUUUACACAUUAUUUAAAUGGUUAUCUACUUUUAAAUGUUCCAAGAGUUUAAUGUUUUUACCCAGGAUGGACAUGCUUGGUGAUGGGAUGGAACUGGCGUCUUAUGGGACCUGGUAGUCAAGUAGUUGGAUCAUUUAAGGAAACUGAUAUUUUACGGUAGUCCCAGUGUCCCAGACAGGUGAUUGGACAAUGGUAUGCACUUUGCAGUACUUUGUUUCUUCCACCUGCUGCCAUAAGCUGUCUAUAUCUUAUGUUUAAAUUUUCCUGGGGUUUUUUCAGUGGUGCGCAAAGGAAGCUUGGUUGCUCUUACAAGCCUCCAGCUGCACAGAAGUUGAUUUGCAACCUGUAAUGAAUGGCAUUAAGAUUGGAGUAAUGCUCUCUGCAACCUGUAAGGAGAUGCUGUGUUUGGCCUUCUGGUGCAGUCAUGUGCAAGAUGUUUCUUUUUUUUUUUUUUUUUCUGCAGAAUGUGAAUGAUUUUUAAUGCGGUAGCGAAGUAUUUGAGUUGAAACAAGUUCAUUUCAUUUUUAGAGAGAGGUAUGGGAUUGUGCUGUGGGAUUUCAUUAAGUCCAAGCUGAAUGCCACUAGUUUUUAUACAGCUUUGAGUGCAUGUUGAGUAGCUGAUACCUUGAUUUACCAGGUGGGAGAGUUUUGUUUCUUCAUGGAUACCAGACUCGACUUACUUCAUCUGGAUGCAUAACAUUACAGCAUAGGAUGCUUGUGGCCUUAUUUCUUGGCUUUUAAGGAGUUGCCACAUUUUCUCUUCCUAUGAAUUUGUUAUUAUAGAAGUUAAUUGUCUAAGCCUAUGGAAUGUCAGGCCAAUACCAUCAUUCUAGGAUUGUAAAGUGAUAUGUUGACAUAUCUUUCAUGGUUAUGAAUUUUCAUUAAGGUUGGAAUGCCACUUUCAUUAAUCUGUUUUAGAUCAACAGUAUCUGUAGCAGAAAAAGACCUGUAAAACUGUAUUUGAAGACCAUGCGAGAAAUAGAAUAAAAAUUGAGAAGUGAAUAUAAA